GCGGGCUCGAGGUUAGUUAGCCUGAUCCUCUUUGCUUAAUUCGUCUCUUGUCUUGGGAGCUGGGGUGCCGUUUGUUCAGAUCUGGCUGAGAAAUCUGUUACCUUUUGUUUUCUUUUGUUUUCAAUUUUUUAUAGAUACUAUGCAUGAAAGAAAGAUGAGCGGCAAAGCCGGAAGGCACUAAACAAGACAGGUGAGGUGAAUGACGGAGAAUUGGGAGAAAGACAUGAGGAACGAGAAUGAAUAACGGGUAUAUGUGUGUACAAGCAACUUCAGCUUUUCCCCUUAGGUUGACAUGGAUAUGCGCCGUCGCUGCCCUCGGCUUGGUAUCGGCGUGUGGAGUGGAUCCGUUCCCCCUACGACCCCGCCGUGAAAACAAUCCAAUUUUUGUGCAUUUUGGGGGGUUUCCUAUACACGAUCAAUGGCGGAACUGAACAGAUCGCCAGUUGUUACCGCUGGCUGACAUUGCGUUGGCUUGUCCUGGCAUAUAAAGUCAGGAGCCUCGGAUAGGGGAGCCACAGUUGGGAAUCAUGGUAUCGGACAACAUCUACAUAUAUACCUUAUGAGUAACAGAGCCAUAUACAUCUUGUUCCAUUUUUUUUGAAAUCUUCAACACCAUAUUUCUUGGACAUAAGUUGCGAUUAUUUUCAUUCUCUUCCCUUUUAGCAAAGAUACCUUUCCGAAAGAUGGCUAUACCGAACCUGUUCCGGAGAUCAGACGAAAACACCAGAACAGCAUGGGGCUACAGUUUUCAAUGGACCCCCGAACAUUUGUCGGGGGAGCAGAUGGAGCCCAUGAAGCAUUCCUAUGACAGAUUAGCCGAUGAGUGUCUUACGCGACUAAAUGAGAUCUCGCCACCCCCACAAAAAGCCCUACCUCGAACGACCGAUAGAGGGGCCCAGAACAGCAAGACUGGAAAGGAGAAACCAAAGAGAGAUCUCUAUCUGCUCCUACGAGAUAAUGCGGAUAAGGACGAUAAAUUAGCAGAAUUGUGGAAUCAAGUGAAUACUGUUCCCGACUGGGUGGACUGGGACCAGAUCGAGAGGGGCCAGGAGGUGUUCUACCGAUAUGGUAUCCCAGCUCUGAAUGCGCUUGGAUUCGAGAGUCUGCUAGGAGGAAUGGGUGCUGGACGCAUCGUUGAAACCCUUGCUCGCACGGGGGGGUUUUCAGCAAAAAUUGCCCGGCACCGGAUGUUCGAGACGACUCAGUUUGUUUUCCAAGUCACCAUGUCCCUCAAGAAUAUCCAGCCAGGAGGAGACGGCUUUGCUUCCGCAGUAAGAGUUCGGUUGCUCCAUGCAGCUGUCCGAGCGCGCAUCCUCAACCUGGCCAAAACAAGACCAGAUUAUUAUAGUGUGGAGAGGUUCGGCGUCCCAGUCAACGACCUGGAUUGCAUCAGCACGAUCGGGUCGUUUUCCACCCUCCUGGUCUGGCUCAGCUUACCGCGCCAGGGCAUUUUCCUCCGCGAACAAGAAAUCCUCGAUUAUAUUGCUCUUUGGCGUCUGGUGGCUUACUACCUUGGUACGCCAACUAAGCCAUUUGAGUCACCUGAAAAAGCACGGAAAAUGAUGGAAUCCAUCCUUGUGUAUGAAGUCAACCCGACCGAGAUGAGUAAGAUCUUGGCGAACAAUAUCAUCACCAGUCUGGAAAAUACACCUCCUGCAUGGGGAAGCCGUGGGUUCUUGGAAGCUACUGCUCGCUGGCUAAAUGGUAAGGAGCUUUCUGAUAGGCUUGGUAUUGGAACACCGGGAUACUACUACUAUGGGUUGGUACUUGGGUAUUGUAUUUUUGUCAGUUUGUGGUGCUAUGUCCAAAGGACCUUCCUCUAUUUGGAUAGAAGACACAUUGCCAGAAUGCGCCGCCAUUUCUGGAAGAUCAUUCUCGACGAGAAGAUCGGACUUGGCGAGGAAACCAAGUUCGACUUCAAAUACGUGCCCGGUUACGAUCUGACGACGGAACAGGGAGGGAAGGUCGAGCGUAUAAAGCAAAACUUUGGUAUCGAGCUGCUGGGUUUCUUGGGUUUGGCUGGGGCUACAGUCACCACAGCUGCGAUGGGAACUAUUGGGUAUGUGACAUAUUUGAGGGCACAGUGGGGGUGGAAGUUGAUGGAGAUGUAAGUAAGUUGGGGGAAUAACAUUAAUGAUCUUAUGGAUAAUACUUUUUCGAUUUACUCUGUUGAUAUCCUGUUGAGUCUGCUUUGUUUGGUUUUUGGUUCAGUGUUGGAUUUUAUUAUUGUUUAUAAACUGCUGUGUCUAUUCUUGUAGGUGUAUAGUGGGAACAUGAUUGACCGUUCGCUGCACAUAACUACCACAUACAUUUGCCGCUAGAUGUUAUUCUUGCUUGCUAAGAAUAAAUGCCUUUAAAGUUGUGAAUGAGGAACCUCCAUAGUCUCUCC